AUGAAGAUCCUUGAGGCUCAGUCGGCAGUUUUGACCAACUAUGAGGUCUAUCAACAUCUGAAUGAGCGCAAGCUUGGCCAGAAGAAGCGUGAGCGUGGAGAACGCCGCGGUCCCGGCAACCUUGAACCGCUGGCAAGAGAGCUCCUCCAGUAUCUGCGGACAGCACCAAACCCGCUCAGCCAAGACCCCAUUACAUAUCAUCCAGACUGUAUCACCCAGCUCCUGGGUAAGCUUCAGCCCUAUGACUUGGCCAAGGGUGAGGUCAUCAUGAUCCUGAACCUCCGCCCAGCAUCCGUCGCCGCUCUGAACACCGUCAUCGAAGAGAUGCCUGAGCGCUUCGAUGAGAACCAGCAGGAGGAGAUGGUCAACAUCAUUGCUGAAGUGCUUGGCUCGUUCCCCCAGGAGGCAGGAGAGGAGGAAGGCGCCGAGGAAGCUGCGAACGGCGCUGCUUAG